GAGAGAUGGGACAGUAUCGGUGGGAGGGGCCUAAUGAUUUGUUAAGGAACUGGACCGAUCAGCCAAUAGAGCUACAGGUCAGCAGCUCUGACUCCGCCUACACCUGUGUGGUGAAGAACCCUGUGAGUGAGGAGAGCAGCGAGACCUUUCCUGCCGAACACUGCUUUAAAGGGCUCUUUGCUCACCAUGGUGCUGUUGCUGCCGUUGUCAUUCUUGUGUCCGUCGUUCUCUCCGUUUCCGGUUUCCUCAUUGGAGCCCAUUGCAUGCGCCGCAACAGCAGGAGGAACGGUCUGCGAUGUGAUCAUGUAGGAAAGAAGGACGAGGAAACUGGACUGCUGCAGCAUUAUGAAGAAAAAAUAAAUGUAGUUACAGAAAAAAACAGAGAGUUGUGCAGUCAAAAUCCAUCGGAGGACGACGGCAAGACGGUGGGACACAUUGACUCACCUGCAGAGACUCAGGAGAAGGAAGGAGAAAAAGUGGCGGAAGUGGAAGAAAAGGUGGAGAACAGAGUAUCAGACACAAACACAUGUUUGAUGGCCCAAAAUACACCAAUGGAUGAGAGUAAGGGACUAGAAGACAGUGAAGCAGCAGCAGCAGCAGCGUCUGAAGAGAAGGAAGGUAAAAAAGGGAAGAACAAGAAGUCAAGAGGAAUUUUUGCUAUAAGGAAGCCGAAGAAGAGAAAUGAAUCUGCUCCAGGUACAGUGAGUGUCUCUGUGCUCCUCACAUACUGUCAGCGUUCAGGGUUUGGACAGAAAACACCUGCAGCCUCGAUGUGCAACACCGUGAAACUCACCCGUGUGUGUAAAUAUAUAUCUUGGCUCUUAUUACUCAUCUUCAUCGUUUAAUUUCUUAUUUCACUUCAGCAGGAUUUGUGUUGAAUCUUUAUCCUUGUUUGCACAACACAGUGUUGGAUUUGAUGGCGUUACUCAAUAGGAAUGUAAAUGAGCGCGAAAUUGAGAUAU